AUGAAGAACGAAGUCUCUGAGCAGAUUCAUGUUCUCUUCUUCCCCUUCAUGGCUCACGGUCACAUGAUUCCAGUUAUAGACAUGGCCAAGCUUUUCUCAAGCAGAGGAGCCAAGUCAACUCUUCUCACGACAAGAAGCAACCAAGAGUUCUUGCACAAACGCAUUGAAGAAAUCAAGAAUCAGAACCCUGAUCUUGAAAUCGGAAUCAAGGUCUUCGAUUUCCCUUGUGUGGAGCUGGGAUUGCCUGAAGGGUGCGACCACGUUGACUUCAUUAUCUCGUACCGAAAACCUGACGCAGGUGACUUGUUGUUAAAGCUUUUCUUGUCUACAAUUUAUAUGAACCAGCAACUGGAGAGUUUCAUUGAAACAACCAAACCUACUUGUCUUGUGGCCGAUAUGUUCUUCACUUGGGCGACCGAAUCCGCACAAAAGUUUGGUGUCCCGAGACUUGUGUUCCACGGAACAUCUUUCUUUUCCUUGUGUUGUUUCAAUACCAUGAGGACUCAUGAGCCACACAAGAAAGUCACUACGAACUCUACUCCUUUCGUAAUCACUGGCCUCCCGGGGGACAUAGUUAUGACACCAGAGCAAGCCAAUGUCCCCCCUGAAGAUACUCCAAUGGGAAUGAUUAUGAAAGCGGUUAGCGAGUCAGAGUCAAAUAGCUUUGGUGUUCUUGUGAAUAGCUUCUACGAGCUGGAACCGGCUUAUGCUGAUUUUUACCGUAGUGUUGGGGCGAAAAGAGCUUGGCAUAUCGGUCCGCUUUCGCUGUUCAACAGAGAGUUUGCGGAGAAAGCCCAAAGAGGUAAAAAAGGGGUCAUUGAUGAGCAGGAAUGCCUCAAAUGGCUCGAGUCUAAGACACCCGGUUCAGUGAUUUACGUGUCGUUUGGCAGUGGAGCUAAAUUUACCAAUGAACAGAUGCUUGAAAUUGCUGCCGGCCUUGAAGGCUCUCAACAAAACUUCAUUUGGGUUGUUAAGAAAAAUGAAAAGCAAGGGGAAAAGGAAGACUGGUUGCCUGAAGGGUAUGAAGAGAGAACGAAAGGGGAAGGGCUGAUAAUACGCGGAUGGGCACCACAAAUGCUGAUACUAGAGCACAAAGCCGUUGGAGGAUUUGUGACGCAUUGCGGAUGGAACUCGGCUUUGGAGGGCAUAUCUAUGGGGCUACCGAUGGUGACUUGGCCGAGGGGCGCGGAACAGUUCUACAACGAGAAGCUAUUGACACAAGUGUUGAGGAUAGGAGUGAAUGUAGGAGCUACGGAGUUGGUGAAAAAAGGAAAGUUGAUAAGUAGAGAGGAAGUGGCGAAGGCAGUGAGAGAAGUGAUUGAUGGGGAAGAGGCAGAGGAAAGGCGGGAACGGGCUAAGAAACUAGGCGAGAUGGCUAAAGCCGCUGUGGAGGAAGGAGGGUCUUCUUAUAAUGAUUUGAGCAGGUUCAUGGAAGAGCUUAAAUGCUAUAAAGUCGAAAAAGUCGAAGAAGAAGACACAACAUGUUUCACGUUGUGGAAUGCAUUUCUUGUCAUUGUUAACAAACUUUUCACAAUACAGUAA